AUGCAGGCAGCCUACAGCAUCGGCCUCCCCAGCGCUGACCACAGUGUCUCGGAAGAGAGUGCCCAUAUUCUUGCAACCAACUCUGUGCUUGUUGGUGCUGUGAGGCGAUCCUGUAAGGGCAUUUGUGAGGCCCACUUGUGCCUCAUGGAAAUCUUUCACACUUUAUUUGUAGGUAAAAAUGUUGGUGAUUGCGAAUUAGGCGCAAAUGUGGUAAACUAGCUAUCCUGUGCUGCUCAGUUCAGACUACAGAAUCUGCUGGAAAAGGCCUCACGAGUGGCACAGCCAUCCUCCAAGGAAGACAAGUGUGACGAGCGUGUCAGCGAUGUAUGAGCCCAGCUCAAAUUCUUUGAGCAGUUGGAUCAGGUUGAGAAGCAAAAGAAGGAAGAGGUGGAGAGGGAGAUCCUCCUCAAAGCUGCCAAGUCUCGGUCGCGACAAGAAGACCCGGAGCAGCUCAGACUGAAACAGAAGGCCAAAGAGAUGCAACAACAAGAGCUGGUGCAGAUCAAGCAGCGGAAAGACAACUUAUUAUCGCUGGCAGCAAUUGGCCGCAGGAAAAAGCGCAAAAUGGACUCGCCUCUCAAGGGUUCCAGUGCGGCGGUAGACAAUGUUUAA